AUGAUUGCGGACUGGAGCGCCGCUGUCGUCGUCGUUGCCGCCAGGGAGGUCAUCGUUUUCGGCGAAGGCGGAGGCGAGGGGAACGAAGUGGGCUGUGCAGUCAUAGCUUCGGGGCGUUGGGUAGGCAAGACAGGAACGGCCGAAGAAGAAGGAGAUGGAAUCGCAGGUUUUGUUGUUGAGGACGGCGAGCUCAUGCGCUGCAACAAAGAGAGGAGCGAAACGGAUCCGUUGUUCGCCCGAUGCGGCGGGGAUGACGGCGCUGCUGCUGUAGAGCUCGCCGUCGUGCCCGACAAAGGGACGCUCGGCGACGAGGACGGCGAUGCUGCUACUGCUACGUCCGUGCCGGUGUGGCCUUGAAAGGACGUGCUACCCAGGAUCCUAUCUUCACUCGCUGACCUCCUAAUCCCAUCGUCCUGGCGCGUAGACUGGACCUGGGAGUGGGGCUGGGGCACGGUGACCCCAGUGGCAGCCGCGGGCGAGGUUGCGUGUGAGACCUGUGAGGCACCAUGUGAGGGGUGGGGCGAGCCGAAUGCGCUGCGAAAGAGCCGCUCAAGCUCAGCCGCCGGGUUGGCCGCAGGGGUACUCGUACUACCUUCUGGUUGA